AUGGUCGACGCUCCUAUCGAUCCUGCAUUCAAUCCUACCGGCCCUGCAUCCAAUUGUACUGUUGGCGAUCAUUUAUCUUCCAUGAAUAAUGGUUCUGCAUUGGUCAAAAUGACGGAUAAGGGGCAACGUAAACAAAAGCUGAAAA